AUGGGACCCAGGCAUGAACCACUUCAACAAGAAAUCAUUGCCACGUUGACACUGCACUUCAAGUACAACGAUCUCACGAUGUCGCAACCCAAAGCCUUCGACGAGAUUUCGGGCAUCGAUGCUGCCAGGCAACUUAUUCAGCUCGAAAUCUUAAUCGGAGCAUGGGCGGAGAUGACUGCUCAUCCAAACUUCGUCCGCAAGACUCAUGUCAGACGGACGGAACUUGAUACCGCAUAUUUCGCCAAGGAACGGCUGGAGAAAGUCGGCUGGGGGGCAGAUACAGUGACAACGGGAUUUGCGUCUGCGGAGUCUGGCUGGCUAUGUCUGCUAGAGAUAGGGCAUGCGUCAUGCAUUGCUGCUUCUGGCGGAUCUACUCCCGCUGCCUCAACAGAUGAUCGAAUGAGAUCAACCGAGUGCGCCACGUGGUGGUCACACGACGACAACACUCAUCACCACCACACCAACGCUGAUGUCCUCCACGGCAAUGCCCACGUACCAAAGCUUCAAUCUGCCGCACCAAACUAG